UUGCACAGAUCUUUUUUACCACACUUCAUCAUGGGACGCGCGAAAGGUUGAGUCUGAGAAUCCCAGCAGGGGGAAAAAAUGGCCAGCGAAUGAGGCGAUGAGGAAAAGAAGAAGAUCAUUUUACCCUGAGUCUAUCAUGAAAUGCAAAUAAGACCUAUCUAAGCAACCGCAUCGAUAACAAAUUCCACUUGCAUUUGACUUUCAUGAGUUGGAAAUGGAAGUCAAGUCUGUGCUGGCUUACCUCAGAGGAUUCUCAUCUGUCGCCUGUGCUGGAGCUUCUGGAUUUUUGGGUGUCAUGCUGAGAGAUCAGUGGUUGAAGUACGCAGGAUGGGCUGGAGUGGCUACUGGAGCCUUGAUCAUGGUCACCAGGAGAGUGGUAAAGAGAAGAAUCUUCACCAGAUCCCACGUAAUCCUCAUCACGGGAUGUGAUUCUGGACUGGGAUACAACUUGGCCAGGAAGUGUCACGCCAUGAACAUGACCGUGAUCGCCGGAGUGCUGAAUCCCCAAUCUCAGGGUGCCAGAAAUCUCGCUCAGCUGCCAUCGCAUGAACUCAUUGUCACUCACAUUGAUCUGCUGCAGCUGGAAACCAUCGCCAAUGCUCAUCGUGUGGUGCGGGAGAUUCUGAGUCGCGAGACUGACUCGAAGUUCCUGGGAUUGAUCAAUAAUGCAGGAGUGAUGGUUUUCGGGGAGUUUGAGUGGCAAACUCCUGACAUUUUCCAGCGUCAAGUGCACGUGAAUCUACUCGGCACGAUGACCAUCACUCACGCCUUUCUGUCGCUCCUACGGAAGCAUCAGGGCAGGAUCAUCACGGUCACCAGUCACUGUGGGCAUCAGCCACUGCCUGGCUUGGCUCCAUAUGCCGCAUCGAAGGCCGCUCUGGUGUCUUGGACUGACACUCUGCGAACGGAGAUGAGGAAGCACUCAGUGGACGUAGUGGAGUUCAUUCCGGGCUCCUUCGUGACGGGAUCCAACAUCGCUGCUGGCCAGAAGGAAGCUGCCCUGUGCAUGCGGAAGGCCUUCACGGCAGAACAAGAGGCUCUCUAUUUGGACUACUUCAAUCGAUACAAUUCCUACUUGGAGUGCAUCGAUGGGAUGCGGAAUUCCCUGGCAGAAAGUCAUCCCAGGCUCUUGCGGGAGUUCGAAGAGGCGCUGAGGGUGGAGAAGCCCAAAGCGCGAUACAAAGUGGAGCCGUUCAGAUACUUCGUCUAUCAUUGGCUGUUUUGGCUGUCGCCGACGGGGCCAUUGAGGGAUUAUUUUGUGGAGAAAUUCAUGAAAAUGCCGCAAUUUAGCAAGUGAGAUGUUAAGCAAGGUAAAAAGUGGAAGAAUCAACAAAAUCUAUCUGAUUCAUCAUCUGGAAUUUAAUUCACUUCCGGAGAAGCAGUCUUGCCGCCACUUAUUGCCUAUUGCUGUCUCUCUCGGCGUCGGUGCUUGUGUUCCGGGCAGAAGAGGAGGAAUGAAUUCACGAGAGUGCUGGCGUGUUUUUUUGUCGCCGCGUGGAAGGCAUGGCACGAAAGGUGGCCUCUUUUCCCCCUUGCAAACUGCCAGCACAAUUUUGCCCUGAUGAUCAAGCGCGGGUUUGUUUGGUGGUAGAUUAGCUUUUGGCGCGAAAUCGACACGUUGGCUGCGAAAGGACGGGAAACGUCUGAGCCCUGAAGGGAGAAACCCAACAGAUUCAGGCGCCCCUCUGGUCACCACCCACAGGAGAAGUCUUUGGGGGAUUGCAAAGUGGCGUCAAAAGACUGUGAUUGAUACUGACUGAUAACAGUCAGUGCAGAGGAAACAUGUUUAUCAACAUUUUACAAUAUUGAGAUUAUAAUUAUGGAUA